CCAAGGCUUUGGGAAACGGCAUGUUGGACAGACAAGCCCCGGAAACUGCCUGCUUUGAAACAUGAAUAAGUGUUUAUAGACUUAGCAACAUAAUGCUGAAAUUUCAAGAUGAAUUAUACUGAGUCCAGUCUGUUGGCAGAUUCAACUGCAGUAGCUUUUACACCUGAGUUACAAAGUAUCAUACCUGUGCCUUCCAAUGAAACCACAUGUGAAAACUGGAGAGAGAUACAUCAUCUUGUUUUUCAUAUAGCAAAUAUUUGUUUUGCAGUUGGGUUGGCUAUUCCAACUGCUCUUCACCUUCAUAUGAUACUUCUUAGGGGAAUGUUAACUCUAGGAUGUAUGCUUUAUAUCAUCUGGGCCACUCUCUACCGAUGUGCCUUGGAUAUAAUGAUAUGGAACUCUGUGUUCUUGACUAUCAACAUUUUGCAUCUGUCAUACCUUUUGUACAAGAAAAGACCGGUCAAGAUUGACAAGGAACUCAGUGGUAUCUACCGGCGAUUGUUUGAGCCGCUCCGUGUGUCUCCAGAUUUGUUUAGAAGAUUAACUGGACAGUUUUGCAUAAUUCAAACUUUGAAAAAGGGUCAGUCUUAUGCUGUAGAAGACAACACCUCCGUUGAUGACCGUCUGAGUAUCCUUCUGAAAGGAAAAAUGAAGGUCUCCUAUCGAGGACAUUUUCUGCAUAACAUUUACCCCUGUGCCUUUAUAGAUUCUCCUGAAUUUAGAUCAACUGAGAUGCACAAAGACGAAAAAUUCCAGGUCACCAUUAUUGCAGAUGAUAACUGCAGAUUUUUAUGCUGGUCCAGAGAAAGAUUAACUUACUUUCUGGAAUCAGAACCUUUCCUGUAUGAAAUAUUCAGAUAUCUUAUAGGAAAAGACAUUACAAACAAGCUGUACUCAUUGAAUGAUCCUACAAUAAAUGACAAAAAAGUCAAGCUCAGCCUUUGCACCCAGAUCUCCAUGCUGGAAAUGAGGAACAGUAUAGCCAGUUCUAGUGACAGUGAUGAUGGGCUACACCAGUUUCUUCGGGGGACCUCCAGUGUCUCCUCUCUUCAUGUACCAUCCCCACAUCAGCGAGCCUCUGCCAAGAUGAAACCAAUAGAGGAAGGAGUAGAAGACGAUGAUGAGGUCUUUGAACCGGAGUUUCCAAACGCAUUUCAAGUGCAUCGGUUACCUUGAUCAGAGAGAUGAUUCCUGCUGCCAAGAUGAAAAGGGUCUUGAAGAGAUCCUGAAAACUACCAGCAUUUUUUCAUGGGUUUUAGGUUAUUCUGCUUUAGUCCAUCCAGACUGCUAGAGUGGGAGGGCAGGAGAGUGGGAAGGUCAAGGUGAGAAGGUCAUUCUGCCUGGCCUUUCUAUUGACCAGCUUCUUAAGUAAUGAUUUUACUGAGCCUUCUGCCUAAACGUAGCUCUAUUUUGAGAUCUAUAUUUUCACA